UGUUAAAAAAAACACUGUUGUCUGUUUUAGACUGUUGGGUGAAAAAUUUCAAAGAUUAAAAUGCUUUGUUUAAUGUAAAAAUUAAUGAUUUGUUCAAACGUGUACAUAGUGAAGACAGAAUGUCGGUAUUCUUCGUGAAUGCUAACCAGGAUAGCGAAGUUGAAGGAGACUCGAACGGGGAUUUGCAAAUUGCAUCACCUGGCAGUUCGGAAGCUCAACAAAACUUAAUUCAAUUUUGGCCAAAGGUUACGGAAGAAAUUAAAAAAAUUAGGACCAUAGAUCAAAAAACUCAGUCUCUACCACUAGCUAGGAUAAAAAAGAUCAUGAAGUUGGAUGGGGAUGUUAAAAUGAUAAGCGCUGAGGCCCCAAUGCUAUUUUCUAAAGCGGCAGAAAUCUUUAUUCAUGAGCUUACUCUUAGGGCAUGGGUUCACACCGAAGAUAAUAAAAGGCGUACACUUCAGAGGAAUGACAUAGCAAUGGCAAUAACGAAAUACGAUCAGUUUGAUUUUCUUAUUGAUAUUGUUCCUAGAGACGAAUUGAAGCAGAGCAAAGCACAAACGGAAAGUACAGUGCGCACGUCCAUGAACUCGGAUCAAGUUCAUUAUUACUUUCAAUUAGCUCAGCAACAAGCUACGGCGAAUCAAAACGUACAGAAUAAUGGUACGGCUACGCAACCUAUACAAAUUGUUCAACCUUCUACGGGACAAAUACAAACGAUCAACAUUGGUAGCCCCGUCGAACAGGAAACAUCGAGCGCGAGUACAACUCAAACCGUUACUGUGCAGAGUCCGCAACAAACGUCCGGUCAACAAAUAAUCCAAUUACAACAGGCGCAACCAACCCCAUCUUCUCAGACCGGAGGAAUUCAAAUCGUACAACAAAUUGUAACUCCCACUGGGGAAAUACAACAAAUACCUAUCCAGUUGACGCCUCAGCAACUACAAAUGAUACGCAUGCAGGUUCAAGGAGGUAGCAAUCAACCUAUCAUAAUUCAGACCGCUCCCAUUCAAACUCAACCACAACUCAUACAAGUCGCGCAGGGUACACAGGCGCCAGUUUUCUUACAGACCAGCGCCGCCGAUAACGAGUAACAGUAACGUAUAGUUUUAACUAAUAUUUAACUCUUUGCGCCGAAAUCCCGAUAUAAUAUAUUUAACGGUGAACAGGUAAGCUCAGAUUGUUUAACAAAUGAACAUUAUUUCCGAACGCAGCUUACCUGUUAUUAUUAUUAUUAUUAUUAUUAUUAUUAUUAUUAUUAUUAUUAUUAUUCUACUAGACGCAAAUUCCUCUUAUACGCUCUGCAUAUGAAGUAUGGAUAAGGAAAAAGAAGAUGAAAAAAGAUUCUGAUUUGGGAGAUUUAUUUUAAUUUCUUUGGGGUGGGUGGGUGGGGGGGGGGGGGAAGUUUCUCAGCCAAAGUUUUCCCAAGUUUUGCGAUAAUCGAUUGAAAGUACGUCACUCAUUGUACGAACGAAAAACAUUACGACCAACAGGGUAGCCAGGCGGAAAAGUAUUAGCAAAGAGUUAAUUAUUAAUCAAAGUAUCAGGUUAAAUGGUUAAUAUAAGAUUGUAUGAUAACGAAUAAAAUCUUUUGUAAAUUAUUCCUAAA